AUGCGGCAGUGGUGGGCCUCGGGUCCAACACUGUGGCUCCUCCACAUCUUCGGCUCGUCGCACGACUGCUCGUCGGGCACCUACUUCCCCGAGCAGUCGGACCUGGAGCCGCCGCUGCUGGAGCUCGGCUGGCCCGCCUUCUACCAGGGCGCCUACCGCGGCGCCACGCGCGUCGAGGCGCACUUCCAGCCCCGUGGCGCGGGCCCCAACGGCCCCUAUGGCUGCAAAGACGCGCUGCGCCAGCAGCUCCGCUCGGCGCGAGAGGUGAUUGCGGUGGUGAUGGAUGUUUUCACAGACAUCGACAUCUUCAGAGACCUGCAGGAAAUAUGUAGGAAACAAGGAGUAGCUGUGUACAUCCUUCUGGACCAGGCUCUGCUCUCUCAGUUUUUGGAUAUGUGCAUGGAUCUGAAAGUCCAUCCUGAGCAGGAAAAGCUGAUGACAGUUCGGACUAUUACAGGAAAUAUCUACUAUGCAAGGUCAGGGACUAAAAUUGUUGGAAAGGUUCAUGAAAAGUUCACGUUGAUUGAUGGUAUUCGAGUAGCAACAGGCUCCUAUAGUUUUACGUGGACGGAUGGCAAAUUAAAUAGCAGUAACUUGGUAAUUCUGUCUGGCCAAGUGGUUGAACACUUUGAUCUAGAGUUCCGAAUUCUAUAUGCUCAGUCAAAGCCCAUCAGCUCCAAACUCCUGUCCAACUUCCGGAUCAGCAGCAAGUUUGACCAUCUAGCUGACCGAAAACCACAGUCCAAGGAGCUCACGUUGGGCAACCUGCUGCGGAUGCGGCUGGCCCAACUCUCCAGCACUCCCAAGAAGACGGACCCAGACCCAGAGGUGCCCUCAGAGGGCAAGGCAGAGACCAAGCGUGGGGACUCAGGGUCCUCCACCAUUAGUGAGGAAGACUACUUCAGCAGCCAGAAGGGUGAGUUAGAGGACAGAAAGGCGACCGAUGCCACCACUCAAACAGAGCCAGGAGAGGAGACGCCUGUGCCCAGCAUGAGUGAGGUGGGAACACAAACCAGCACCAGCACAGUGUGUGCAGGCACCCAAACCGCAGUCGCCACCAGGGUAGCGAGCUCCCAAACCACGGUGUGUUCCAAGUCAACCACCACCCAGACCGAUGUGGAUGAGAACAUUCUCUUUCCUCAGGGAACCCAGUCUAAAGAAGAGUCACCACUAUCGAAAAUGUCCGUGUCGAGAUCUUCCAGUCUGAGGUCUUCAUCCUCUCUGUCUUCCCAGGGUUCCGGGGCAAGCUCCAUUGGCUCCCACACUUCCCUCAGAGCCACUGCCUUCCACAGCCCCGGAUAUCCCAAGUACUUGGGCACCCCCUGCUUGGAUCUGUGCUUAAGCGACUCGUUUAGAAACUUGAAUAAAGAGCGGCAGUUUCACCUCACUGGUGUCAGGUCCCGCCUCAACCACAUGCUGGCCAUGCUCUCAAGGAGAACAUUCUUUACUGACAACCACCUUGGCUUUAAUCCUGGAAAUUUUACCAGAGCAUCAGCUAAUUUGCUUGUUAUUAGAGACACAGCACUUUAUCCUUCCUAUCAGUGACUGCUCAGUGUUCAGGCUCCUGGUUUCAGCCAGACUUGCAGUAGACAUCAUCAGAGCUUCCUGCUUUAUAAAGUAUCACAUGUCCCCAAUUGCCUUUCUUUCACCUAACUUUCAGUCACCUGGUCUGUCUUUGAAUUCUAUAAGCUGCAUAUUAUUUUACAUGCUUUUAUUUUAUUUUUGUCAUAUACAGACCAGGUAUUGGUUUUAUGGCUUAAACACUAUGGGUACAGUUUUUUGCACAUUUUUAAUAUUGAGAUGAUUAAAGAGAAUAUUUAGGUGUUCUAAGGUUAAUUCAGUAAGAGAUAAAAUAUGUUUUGUAU